AAAUUGAUGAGCUAAAUGCGUGUUGAGUCAUGUGCUCGAGGAGCUCGCUGGUCAUCCUGUAUGCGCAUGUAUCCGCCAGUUGCGCCUGGACCGAAUGUCAGCCAAUCGUCCCAAUGUUGAGUUGAGCUGUGCUCCGCAUAGACAUGGUUCCAAGUGUGCUUCGGACCGCGAGGCUACUCGUCGCGAGCAUCAAAGUUCAACAUUCGCCGAUAGGGGCUCCUUCAGCUCUUUGGUCUGUUUCAGCAAGGUGACGGCCGCCCUCAGAGGCAGGUCCCAACCUCUCUUGCGCAAGGAUCUACGCUCGAGUCACAUCUGCUUGCAAACCCGCCCUGCCCGCAUCAAAAGUCAAGGCAAGCGAGGAGCCUGUUCGCACGACCAAUUUGAGUCUGUGGCCUCCGGAGCGCAAAGCAAGUACUACCGCUCGCUCAGCUCAAGCUGUUGUAUGAAGACCGUCGUGGCAGAAACGAUUGAGUUUGCCUGAGACAUCUACAUGAGAGCUUGAGACAUGAU